AUGACCAUCUCAAAUGCUAUCUAUCGUGGUGUAGCAGGUGAUGCUGCAGGAGCCGUGGUGAAGAGUUCAGUCGACAUCUCAUCCGAUCUAGGCCCCAAAGAAAUUCUCAUCAAGAUCACCCACUCCUCUCUGUGCUACACGGAUAUUCACAUGAUGUCUUCCGGAAUCGCUCUUGGGCACGAGGGAGUAGGCAUCAUUGAGAAAGUCGGAAGUGGAGUCACCACUCUGAAGGUCGGAGAUCGUGCUGGUGGCGGGUAUCUCAGAGACAGCUGUGGGCAUUGCAAUUACUGCACAAAAGGCAAAGAUAUCUUCUGCUACGAACGUAAUAUCUUUGGAGAGAAAGACUUCAACGCUGGAACAUUCGCGGAGUACUACAUCCUUACGUCCACAAAAUCCCAGAAAACCUCCCCUCCGAAUACGCAGCACCACUUCAAUGCGCAGGAAGCACAGUCUACAACGCCAUCACCUCCUCCGCCAAGCCAGGCGACCGAGUUGGUAUUCUCGGCAUCGGCGGUCUCGGCCAUCUCGCCAUCCAGUUCUCAGCCAAGCUCGGGUUCGACACCAUUGUAUUCUCAACCACUGCGGAGAAGGAGGCUGAAGCUAAGAGCUUUGGUGCUUCGGAAUUCUAUCUCUUGA